GAAUAUGAACGCAGUAAUAGUUCACAAAAAUGUGCACUGCAAACUAAUAAAAACAUUAGGCCUAUAAGCUGAUAUGAAAUGUUUAGCCUUACGUUUCAGCAACGCUGAAAAUAUAUUUACCUUUUUUUAAAUAUUCCAUCAAAUAUGUUGAGACUCAAGGUGCGUGAACUAAAAUGAUCAGUGCGGGAUAGGCCUACUCAUGAAUAUUCAUGUAUGCCCCGCCCAUUGAAACCGAAAAUCUCGUAACACAGGUGGAGGAUUCAGCCUUUACGUCUCAUCAGUCCAGAAUUCAAAUGAAAUGUCCAAGUACGGCUGCUGCUCGUGCCCCUGUUUGGGGGCCCUGUAUGAGAGACGUUUCAAGUCGUCUAAGACUGAAUUAGAAAAAACUGCGAAUACCGGUAAACUUCCACAAAAUGUCUCAAAUCCGGCUCCUUCAUCCGCGUCUGAGCCCGCCGGUGAGAUCUACACGGCGCUGUGGCCCUUUCAGGCUCGCGCGGACGAGGAAUUGACCUUCCAGGAGGGAGACCAGUUCCGAAUCUGCGAGCGUCAGGGUGACUGGUGGACUGCUGUUAAACUGGAUAGAAACGGAAUGGAGACAGCCAAGGGCUUCGUUCCUCAAAAUUACCUAGCGAGAAGGGAAACGGUGAAAGAACAACCUUGGUAUUUUGGGACACUGAACCGCUUUGAGACCCAGAAUUUGCUCUUGGCUCCAGGAAAUGGAGUGGGUGCUUUCCUGUUGCGACAGAGUGAAAAAGAUGACAUAGGGUGUGUAUUAUCAGUGGUGAUCAGUGACCGGGAAGUGAAGCAUAUUAAAGUCCAUCAGAAUCAGGAUGGAAGCUUCUAUUUGGAACAGAGUCAAAUGUUUCAGAGCCUGGAGAAGCUGGUGCAGCACUACAAGAGGAACAUCCUGAGCUGUGGUAUCUGUCUCACACGGCCCUGUGCACAGCCAGAACCAAAACCACAGGAUCUUUCCCACCAAACCGUAGAUGACUGGGAGUUACCCAAGGAAGAGUUCACUCUGGAAGAGGAGCUCGGUAAAGGAUACUUUGCUGAUGUUUACCGUGGAAAAUGGAAAGGAAUGGUCAAUGUGGCCAUCAAGAUCCUCAAAAACAACGAGUCUCUCAAUCAGAGGGAGUUCCUGAUGGAGACACAAAUAUUGAAAAAGCUUAGACACAGACAUCUUAUCACACUCUUUGCCGUAUGCACAAGCUCUACCCCCUACUACAUCAUCACCGAACUUAUGGAAAAUGGCAACCUGCUCAAUUUCCUCCGAGGUGAAGAGGGGCAGAAACUGGAACCGCAGGAACUGAUAGAAAUGGCAAAUCAAGUGGCUGAUGGGAUGGCAUUCCUUGAGGAGCAGAACAGCAUCCACAGAGACCUGGCAGCCCGCAAUGUUCUAGUGGGACCCAACUACAUCUGUAAACUGGCUGACUUUGGCCUAGCUCGAAUCGUCAAGGAGCCAAUUUACUCAUCUGAGGAUAAAAAAAUACCAUAUAAGUGGUGCGCUCCUGAAGCCAUCAGCCAUGGAAGGUUCUCCAACAAAUCUGAUGUUUGGUCAUUUGGAGUCCUCCUGUAUGAAAUGUUCACUUAUGGCGGAGUCCCAUAUCCAGCUUUCUCAAAUCAAGAGGUGUACAACAUGAUCACCUCGGGGUAUAGAUUGCCUUCACCCCCUAAGUGCCCAUCACACAUCUAUGACAUAAUGCUGAAGUGUUGGAGAGACUCGGCUGACGAAAGACCAGAUUUCAAUGAACUUAAAAUGAUCCUGGAGAACUCUGGUACUGGAUAUAUGGAGUGGAGCAGUGGAGCGCUGCAGUGACCCCUCAGAUCCAGCAGAAGGCAUCAGUUAACAGUGCCAUGGAGAGACAAAUGAGUGGAAGUGUCCCAGCAACAUGCAUCUAAACACCUUUCCACUCAUUUCACCCCUUUUUACAGUAUUCACAUGUACUUAUUUUCUAAUUUAAUGAAGAAUUAUUCACAUUUAAUGCAAUCAAGCUUUUCCUCUUGGAUCAUACUAGUUGAUACUGAAGAUUAUCUUCCUACUACCUUUUUUCCCUUCCUGAUUUGGAGACCGAUAUGUUUCUGAAUGGAUCACUUGGACUUAUACAUAAAACCAGUUUUAUGUUCAUUAUUAACAAGUUUACAUACUACAAAAUUACUUCCCCUCACCAGAUCUGCACUUUGUAUUUUGAAUUAAUGUUAUAUAAUUGAAGAACCCUAACUUGAAACAUUUGAAGGGUUUAUUUUAGUAGUGUUUUUAUAGAACAGUGAAAUCAAGGAUUUCUCAUGAUAUGACCCAUUUAAAUCAUGCUGCUGCUAAUAAGCCUUUAAAUGUGUGUCUGAAAGAGAGAGAGAGAGUACACAACAUCCGGAACAGAACAAGUCUGGCCAGUUCCUGUGCACUCGGGUCAUUUCACAAUCUCUGAAAACUUUCCACUGCAGUUUUCAGUUGGUACAGUGCUGUCAGUUCAUGAGUAGAAGAUGACUGAUCCUCCAAAUGCUUUAAAAAUGUAGAAAUAUACUACACUGGAUACCAGACAGAAUGUGCAUUUCAUAAAAGAAAAGAAGUAAUUAAUUUUUUGAUUGAGUAACAUUCAUUGGUUAGAUAGGACUAUGGACUAUUAAUACUGUAUACACACACACACACACACGUACACGUACUGCAGAUGUAACACAUCCUGCUGGAUGUUGCUACUGCUCGGUAACAUGAGUGUUGCCACAACGUGUUCAUGUUGUGGGUGCGUGGUAAGCAGAAAUAGAAUCGAGGACACUCUGGACUUGCCUGGCCAGACUAAAGGGAAGAAUGACAGGAUAUUCAGGAAGGUGACAUAUGCAUGAUGACUUGCAUCUGCAAUCAGACACCCAAUAAUUCAGACUUCAACGGUAGGGCUACAAACGAGAAACGAAAAAUGUAUUAAAAGACUUUUAUAGCAUAACCCUUGUAUACUUUCACGUGGUCUCUUUUCUUUUAAAUAGUUCAUUUCCAUCUCAGUUUUCAUCUUAGCUUUCAAAUACCAUUGCAGCCGUUUCACAAAGCAGUAUCACAAUAGGAAGGGCGGUUUGGUUGCCUGUCACUGCCUGUAGAAUUUGCAUUUAGCUCAAGAGAUAUUUCUUCGAACAACUUGCAUUGUGUUAUUUAUUUAGAUUUGCUUCAUAAGUCUGUAUUACAAAAAACUGUGUUAAUAAGUAGGUUUGUAGUACAUUUUUACCAUAAUUCUGAGUUUAGUCCAAUAUGUAAGGCAAGUGUGCAACAGAAAAGUCUUUUUCUCAACAAAAACCACAGCUGCAUAGCCACAGCAAUGUCAGAAGUGGUCUGAAAACAAGUAUCAUGGUAUGUUUAGAGGUUCUUUGAGAACUGGGUCAGCUUACUAGAACUAGUGGGCCUAAUCAUACAGAGAAUGUUUAAAGUACAGGCACUCAAAAUAUUUGCAUGGUGAUAUUUAUCCAAACAAACAGAACAGCUUGAAAAAAUACCAAGAACUAGUCUGUACACAAACUUGUCAGUGUGCACGUGUUCACCUUUGUGCAGAGUAACCUCGAUGCGCGGGUGAAACCGAGCAAUGCUCGUGAGCAGACUGACUGCGCUGUUUUUAGUUCGUCUCAGUUUAGAAACAACUGUAGGAUCAGUGAGAAAAGUCUGCGACCCGAGCUUAUUCAGAAAGGCAGCACCAUGUGUGGCGUGUCGCGUUAUUCCGCGUAUUUUCUCUAAAAUAUCUCGUACUUUUACGCAGUUGCGUUUACGUCAGUGAAGUUAUCCUAAAUGCAGGUGACCAGAUUUCUGAAAUAGAAAAUACUGUUCAAAAUUAAUUGAUAUCUCACUUGUUACAAACCCUUAGAAAAAACACACAUAAAAUUCACAUGUAUAAUCACAUGUUAAAAUCAGAUGUGAAAUAUGUAAAGCUCACAUUACCGUGGAUUUGGAAAAUUUUCAUGGUGUAACUCUCGAAAACGUGAACAAAUUUGGACUGGACAAGUGUGGACAAUACGUGAUCACAUGGGUUUCACACAUUUACACCAUGAACAUGCUCCAAAACCAUGUUUCACAUAUUUCACAUCUGAUUUUAACGUGAUUGCACAUGUGAAGUUCAUGUGCUUUUUCUGUGGGGACAAUUUUUGUGUUUUUGUUUUUUAAUGACUCAAAUUUAAACUUUUCAAAUGUUAUUUUAUGUUUGUGUUUUUGGAAAUGGAUAUUAACUUCACCUAAUUGGGCUUGGAUUUCUGAGCACA